AUGGUUGCUGCAAUUGACUCUCACCAAACGCGCCUUCGCAGGCCCCGUAUUGCGGUCACCUUAGGUGAUCCUUCGGGCAUCGGUGGCGAACUGGUUGCCAAGCUUCUCAACAACCCGGCCAAUUUCAAGAAGGCCGAUGUUGUGGUCCUAGCAGACGAAGGAGAGUUCCGUCAAGCCAUGGCUGACGCUAACCUCGAGCACCUCGCCAUCUCUCAUGGUCCCGCUGGGCCCCAUGGAUUCCAACUACUGAACGACAACACGGCCACCCAGUAUAAGACAGUCAGGGGCGAAGUCUCCAAAGACAGCGGGGCACGUGCGACGCACCAGCUCAAGAGGGCACUGGCGAUGGUUAAAGACGGCGUCAUCGAUGGCAUUGUCUUCGCUCCACUCAACAAAAGCUCGUUGAAGCUUGCUGGUAUGACUGAGGAGGAUGAGCUGAGAUGGUUUGCCAACCAGUUGAAUUUCAAGGGCACCACCAGUGAAAUCAACAUCGCCGGCCCUCUCUGGACCGGCCGAGUCACAAGCCACAUCGGCGUUGAGGAAGUGGCCGGACGAAUAACCAAGGAGAGCACACUUAGAGCUAUCGAACUCCUUCAUAGACUUAGAUGGGAGUCUGGUAUUGAAAAUCCCCGCCUUGGAGUGUGUGCCUUGAACCCACAUAACGGAGAGAACGGCGCGUUCGGACGUCAAGAGAUUGACCACAUCCGCCCUGCUGUUCAAGCAGCCCAGGAGAAGGGUAUCGAUGUCCUUGGCCCUUACCCUUGCGACACCAUCUUCCUUAAGCGAGAGCAUUUUGAUGGUAUCGUCACCAUGUACCACGACCAGGGCCAGAUUGCUAUGAAGCUUCUUUCCUUCGAUGGCGGUGUGACUGUACAAGGCGGACUUCCUAUCCCCGUCGCUACGCCUGCUCACGGUACAGCUUUUGACAUUGUUGGGAAGAAUCUUGCCGGCGUGGCAAGCACACAGAACGCAUUCGACAUUGCGGUCACGAUGGCUGAGAGGAGGAUUAUGAAGGACGCAAAGCUUACUCCUGAGUCAGUGCCUGUCAAGGCCCAUAUUCCUUCUGCCAAGGUUGUGGAGAUCCUUAGCACUUCUUGCUGCUAG